AUGCCCAAAGAAGAUUCACCAACAUCAGCACUCGACUAUGGUUGUGAUGUUCAGAAUUCAUUAUCAGCAUCCGUAAUACGAUUAAUUCAAAUGGUUUUAAAAGGUGAUAGCGAGGCGAAACUGCAUGAGCAAACAGAAAUCUCUAUCAAGUUAUAUAGCGAAUCGGCUGCGAAAAAUAUGUCAAGCUAUCGUUUUUUAUUGAAAGGUACCGAUCAGAGUAUGAGUUUCUCGACUGCUACUUUCCAGGAUGUAAACAAUCGCUCAACUGAUGAAUAUUUGGGUCAGCUGUUGAAAGCUAUUGAGGUAUGUCGCAGUGAAUUAACAACUUCGUUCUUCUGUCAACUUCUUUUAGGCUUCAUCACUAGCUGUAAACCUUCUGCAUCACUAAUACGUCAGCGUCGCAUAAUUCGUUUAGAUGGAACAAAUUCGCUCAUUAGACGUUUUGUGUCAUUUAUUGCCGAAUCAGUAUAUUGUAGCAGUAUUGAUAUACUCUCUUCUCUUCUUAUUAUGUUAUAUGUUAGAGACAAAAAAUUUUGUCUAAAAGUUCGUUUGGACGGUUUGAUUAUGCUAUUUCGAAAGAAAUUAUUGUUGCUUGCUAAGGACAGGAAAAUGAUAUCGGUUUUGCAAUUAUGUUGUUGCUGUAUUCGUUCAGUGCAAAAUGCGCGAAUGUUUGGCAGAAGUCAAGAAUUUGUAAAAAACUUGAUAACAUCAAUUAUUUCUGGAACAGAUGCAAUAAUUGUGGCUCGCCUUACAGAAAUACUUUAUAUUAUCAUCAAAUUCAAAAAUCGUCUCGUAAUGACUGUGCUGGAGUCAAAUGAUAUUUUCGCUAUGUUAACGAAAACGUUUCAAAAGUAUUUUCAACAACAAUUCAUUGCAUCUGAACAGACUCUCCUCGAAAUUUGCUUGUUUACAGUGGCAUCGUUAAGAGAUUUAAUGAGACUAAAACGUAACAGAGAACGCCUACUAGCUAUUGGUGCAAUGGAAACGUUUGGUUCAGCUAUUUCAUUCAUUAGGAACGACAACGAAUACUUGGAUGAUAAUUCACAAUUGGGGCGGUCUAUUAUAAAUCUUAAGGAUUCUUUAAUUGCAUUGUGUAUGAGUUGCUUACCUCUUCGUCCAUUUCCAAUAGCCUCAUCCACACCACCACCAAUUAUUUUCCCACUUCCUAAAAUAGGUUGCAGCAGUGCACAACAACAAUCCACUUGGUUGCAUGGAAAAAAAGUUGAAGAAAAUUUCUUGUAUACUUCUCCAGUACAACAAGAUAAGCCUACUUUAAGUAGUGAUGAAGACGAUGGUGACGAAGAAGAUGAAGCAUUAUUUACAGUAGCACCAUUGCAUGACAAUGACAAGGAUAGCUCACAUCCAGUAUCUGCGUGCUUCCAUCACCAUCAACUCUCUUUAACUGAGUUAACCGAUGACUAUGUUCAUUAUUUCACUGAAUUUUUUCAAGGGACUAUUAGAGCAGGUUCAUCUUCAAUGACGACAAUUUUGGAGACAGAAGUGGAAAAUUUCGCAGAUUUGGUAGCAAAAGCAAAGACAAGAUCGCCAUCAGUUUUCAUAAAAAUUGCUUAUCCAACAACAAUUUCUCCAACAAAUUUAUUUUCUGUUUUGCAACCACUGGCAAAGAUCAAUUCACGAGAUCUAUUGAUAAAAGAUAUAGCACAUUUGCAAGAGGAAUCAUCAUUCUCUACUCGUAUUGUUUAUGAUUUGGAUUGUUUGGUUUGCGAUAAAACUAAAGUUCUUACAACCUGGAAAACAAUUGGAAACGAUGAUGAAAAUCGGAUUGGCAAAAUGGAUUCCAAAAAUCAUUUGCUAUUUGAGAGUCGAUUUGAAGGUGGAAAUUUAAGACGAGCCAUCCAAGUAAAUAAAUGGCAUUAUCAGUUAAUACUGUCACCAGAUAUCAACCAGUUACGGUCACAUUUUCAAUGGUUCUUUUUCGAAGUUUCCAACAAUGAGGCAGACGUGGAUUAUAUAUUUGAAAUUAUUAAUUGCUUCAAAAAGACAUCAAUGUUUAAUCGUGGUAUGCAACCAGUAUUAUUCUCAGUUACAGAAGCUUGUCAAGGAAAUCCUAAAUGGGUACGUACAGGUUCAGCAAUAUGUUAUUGUCGUAAUGCUUUCAUCCGCAAUGACUCUCGAAAACUAAGUGAUGCAUCUGCUCCAAGGCACUAUUUUUCGCUGUAUUUUACAAUCAGAUUUAAAUAUCGCGCCGAUGUAUGCUAUAUUGCAUAUCAUUUCCCGUACACAUAUUCGAUGCUUCAGGCUACCUUAGAAAGAUAUUUGUCGAAAAAUGACACGAGAGGACAGCGCUAUGUUCGUAAUGAUAAACUCUGUACAUCAUUAGCUGGUAAUAGUGUGUCACUCCUUACAGUGACCGCUAAUGGUACUAAAAAACAAUUAGAUGAUCGCCAGAUCAUAUUGAUCUUUGCUAGAGUACAUCCUGGAGAAAAUAAUACAAGUUGGAUUAUGCAUGGCAUUAUGGAGUUCUUGAUGAGCGAUAAGGAAGAAGCUAUGGAGCUUCGUGAUCAGUUCGUAUUUAAAUUAAUUCCAAUGUUAAAUGUUGAUGGUGUAGUGAACGGUUCACAUCGUUGUAGCUUAGCUGGUGUAGAUUUAAAUCGAACCUGGGAUCAACCUUCAUCAGUAUUGCAUCCUGUUAUUUUUCAUAGUAAAGCUAUUGUACAGUAUAUAGUCGAUGUACUUGGAAAGAAGCCAUUUUUAUUCAUUGAUUUACAUGGUCAUUCCAACAAUUUCAAUUUGUUUCUUUAUGGAAACAAUCCUGAUAACUCAUGGCGUAUUCUAGAUCAUUCGCUUCCAGGAAGAAAUGAUUUCAUGUCGCUUCCAUUGCUUCUGCAGCAGAUGUGUAAUUACUUUUCACUAUCAAAUUGUCGAUUCAAUAUAACCAAAACUAAAGAAUCUUCGGCUCGUGUAACACUGUGGAAGCAGUUUGGAAUCACUCGAUCGUAUACUCUAGAAUCUACUUAUUGUGGUUUUAAUUGUGGUUCUUUGAAAGGUUAUCAGGUAAAUAUUGAACAUCUAAUGGAUAUGGGUAGACAGCUGUGUAAGACAUUUAGCUAUUUGAAGAACGAUAACCCUUCGAAUCAGAAGACAGAUGAUGACGAUUCGGAGUAA